AGGCGGUUUAGGAGCUGUGGAAGGAGAUCUGUGCGACUUUAAAGGGGAUCAGGGUUUUGGAAUGAAUGGCUUGUUUUGCUCGGAGCCUGGCUGCCUAUUAUUAGCUCCCAGGCCCUGCGUUGACCCGGGCUGCAGCUCGAUCUGCAUCACACCGACAGGCUUCACAUCAGCGUCCGUUUUAGUGGCCAUGCAAUCGGACUAAUCGCGCUGAUCCAGCGCGGGAGGAGGGGGGGAAGCUUUGCUGGAACAUCUGCGGUCCUCCUCCGCCUCUUAUCCCCAACACUUGCUCCCUUUGCCUCGAAGAUGAAGUUCAACACGAGCCGCCGUCAGGUGCCAGCCGCAUCCGGAGCCUCGAUCUCGAUCUCGAUCUCGAUCAUCGACCAACCCGAUGCAACAUUUCCCAAUGUUGAGGUCCCAGCUGACAGAUUCUGAUAUGGACUAUGAGAGGCCAAACGUUGAAACUAUCAAGUGUGUGGUGGUGGGAGACAAUGCAGUCGGAAAGACCCGCCUUAUCUGCGCCCGGGCCUGCAACGCCACGCUGACUCAGUACCAGUUACUUGCCACACAUGUGCCCACGGUCUGGGCGAUCGACCAGUACCGAGUAUGCCAGGAGGUAUUAGAGCGCUCCAGAGAUGUGGUGGAUGAUGUCAGCGUGUCCCUUCGUCUCUGGGACACUUUUGGAGACCAUCACAAGGACCGGCGCUUUGCAUACGGCAGGUCUGAUGUGGUGGUGCUGUGCUUCUCCAUCGCCAACCCCAACUCUCUGUACCAUGUGAAGACCAUGUGGUACCCUGAGAUCAAGCACUUCUGCCCCCGCGCUCCUGUCAUCUUGGUGGGCUGUCAGCUGGACCUGCGCUAUGCAGACCUGGAGGCAGUAAACAGGGCACGGAGGCCUCUAGCUAGACCGAUUAAAUCUAACGAGAUUCUUCCUCCAGAGAGAGGCCGGGAGGUGGCCAAAGAGUUGGGGGUGCCGUAUUAUGAAACCAGUGUUGUUGCUCAAUUUGGAGUCAAGGACGUCUUUGAUAAUGCCAUCCGAGCUGCGUUGAUCUCACGCCGACACCUGCAGUUUUGGAAGUCUCAUCUCAGAAACGUCCAACGGCCUCUCCUUCAGGCGCCCUUCCUGCCCCCGAAACCUCCCCCACCAAUAAUCACUGUGCCUCCUCCGCCAACCACCACGGAGGAGCAUCCAGUCGGUCUCCUGGAGGACCCGCACUGUGCCGACGUCAUCCUGGUGCUGCAGGAGCGACAGAAAAUCUUUGCCCACAAGAUAUACUUGGCAACUUCCUCUUCAAAGUUCUACGACCUCUUUAUCAUGGACACGCGCAACGAAGAGACUGAAAGGCCGUCUCGGGGCCCUCUCUCCGGCAGGGAGCUGCUGAUGCGUGCUGCUAGCUUUGAUGUUUGCGAAAGCAGCGACGACGGGGACAGGGCCAACCUGAGGGCAUGCACUAGUGACGGGACUCUGAAAGACUCUGAGGGGGCCCGACGGGGCAGAGUCCUGUCUUCGUGGAGCCGAGCCUUCAUCAGCAUCCAGGAGGAGGUAGUAGAUGACCCAGUCACGUACAGCCCCAGGCCCAUCACUGUCGUGCACAUGGACCAGUCCAUGCAGCUCGGGCCUUUCCGAUCAGUGCUUCGCUACCUGUACACGGGUCAGCUGGACGAGAAUGAGAAAGAGCUGAUGCACAUUGCACACAUUGCCGAGCUGCUGGAGGUCUUUGACUUGCGCAUGAUGGUGGCGAACGUGCUUAACAAUGAAGCCUUCAUGAACCAAGAAAUCACCAAAGCCUUCCAUGUACGGCGCACGAACCGAGUCAAAGAAUGCUUGGCCAAAGGCACGUUUUCUGAUGUAGUAUUCAAGCUAGAUGACGGCACCAUCAUGGCCCACAAGCCUUUACUCAUCUCGAGUUGUGAUUGGAUGGCAGCUAUGUUUGGUGGGCCUUUUGUGGAGAGCUGCACCAAAGAGGUGCUGUUUCCCAACACAACUCGCAGCUGUAUGAGGGCUGUGCUUGAAUAUCUCUACACGGGGAGGUUUUGUUCCCGGUCUGAUCUGGAUGCCAUGGAGCUUAUUGUCCUUGCCAAUCGUCUGUGCCUCCCCCAUCUGGUUGCACUUACAGAGCUCUACACAGUGACAGUGUUGACGGAGGCAGCAAUGAUGGGGGCCGACAUUGAUGGAGACGUGCUGGUGUACUUGGAUAUGGCUCAGUUCCACGGCGCCCAGCAGCUCACUGGCUGGUGUCUUCACCACAUCUGCACCAACUACAACAGUGUCUGCCGCAAGUUUCCCAGAGAGAUGAAGGCUAAAUCUACAGAGAACCAAGAAUACUUUGAGAAACACCGCUGGCCACCUGUGUGGUAUCUGAAAGAGGAUGACCACUACCAAAGAGCACGCAAAGAGCGCGACAAGGAGGACUACCUGUACCAGAGACGGCAAUGUAAACGCAAGUGGCUCUUCUGGAACAUUCCUUCCUCCCCUAACUCAAACUCUCCUUCUUCUGGCUCAUCCGCUGUCAUCUGACCCCGCGGUGAGACCAGGUCCACACUGAUGUGCUCCAGCGUGGAUGCGAGUUGUUAAAGGUACAAAAGAAGGUUAACACUGCUGGCUAGGAACGCCCCGAUUAUUCAGGCACACAUUCAGCCUCUUGUCCUGUUUGUUUGCCUCUGCAGUCAAACGGCACUCCUCCAGGUCUGCAAGGUCAGCUCAAUCUGGCGGUUAAAGUAAUGAGUUUUCUUCCUUAGAUUUUUAGCUUGGUGUAUAAGAAAACUCAAACCUCAGUGGUGGGAACUUCACUUACAAACGGCCCAGUGUAACUGGCGCAGGUAGGAACUCGUAUUGAUGGUUGUAUGUUCCACCGAGUUUUUAAGUUUCAAAUUUAUAGGACUCUGCUGGCACAGAACUUUCCACCUGUGAUAAUUAUUAUCAUCAUUUAACCUGAAAGGAUUACCAAGUGCUGCUUAUCAGCUGCAACAACCAGCAACUCAACACACUCAACUUCUCAGUCUCAGAGAUGUAACACUUUGCCCUUAAGUGUUUGUACAAUCUAUCUACCAAACUUUGUGUACAGUAUGAUAUCAUAAACAGGAUGUAACAAUGGUAUGCCCUGCCGGGAAUCCCAUUGACCUCGAAUCCGCUGAUUUUGAUUGUGUAAUCAUAAAGGAAAGAGUUGUCAAGGUCCACUCUUGUUUAUCUAUGUACAGUCAUUUUAUUGUUGAUAGUUUGUGCACGGCUUGCACAGCUAAAGGACAUGUGAGGCUGUAGAAGUGAAGCCAACAUAUCUGGAUUGCCCCCUGGUGGCUGGCUGCGGUACAGGUCAUAAGCCCCGCCCCCCUCCAUGUUAGCAACUGGACGUGGGCCAAACUACAAAUAUC